AUGGGGGAAGGCGGCUUUUCUCGCCCAGGUUUUCCUCAAAGGAAAGUUUGCCGGGACCACUGAGACAGCCACAGCCGCCAAAACCUGCCUGGGUGAUGGAAGGAGCCGUCCAUUCGAAAGAGCCAGAAAAUUACGGCUAAUUAAUAAUACCAGAGGAGCCCCGCCUCCCUCUUCCCCUCAGGGAAGGGCACCAUUCAGUCUCGACUGGGCGGGGGGACCAUCUAUUCCCCCAUCCCCGCCCCGCGGAGCCGCGCCCGGCCGCCCCGUCGCAGGAGCGGAGAUCGCCCGCUGCACCUGCCGGGGGCCGAGGAGGGGCCCGCGGGGUCCAGGGCCGGGGGAAAAGUUUGCUCUCCGGGAGCCCAAAGGCGGCUGCUGUUGCGGCUGCUGCUUGUGGCAGGCUCCCAAUUGCGAGCGCAAAGCCGGCGAGCCCGUCUCAAGAGCCAGGAAAGAGCCGCCGACUCGCCCGCGCUGCUGCUGCUGCUGCUGCUGCCAGACGGUCCGUCCUGCCCGGGCCACCCGCCUCCCGUCGCGGCUGCUUGGGAGGCUGCAGGGCGCUUUUAUGAGCUGCAGUCGCCCGACGUUAAACGCACUGCAGAGAGUUCUUAA